CGCCAAUAAAUGACGAAAAAGAAAGAAAGCAGCAGCAGAAGAAGAAGGAGAAGAAGCGUUGGCUGUCAAAACACUGGGAGUAUUUGUCGGACCGUCAGUAAACCAUGCGUUUGUUCUGUAAGACACCAGGGAUUUAUUCACACAUGUGUCAGUUCGCGAGCACACAGUUCAGCAUGCUGACACAGCAGAGGAAGAAGGAUUUGGCGAACCAGUUUUGGAGAUUAUCUCACCUCCCGGGGCUUCGUCCGUUCAUUAACCACGCGCUGCAUCCCGCCUGCCGGCCUUCACACAGCUGGUUCGGGAGCAGAAUUAAUGGUUGCAGGUGGAGCAAAACCAUCUACCUGAAUUCACCAAGUCAGAAAAAAGUCACCCUCGUGCAUGUAAGUGAACUGUCUGUAGCAACAUAUGAGAAGCUGGUCGAUGAGACACUGGAUGCUCUGGCUGAUUACUUUGAAGACCUCACCGAUGAAGCUUUUACUGGGGCAGACUAUGAUGUUGUCUUCUCUAGUGGGGUUCUGACAGUGAAGCUGGGUGGAGACCACGGCACCUAUGUGAUCAACAAACAGACACCAAACAAACAAAUCUGGCUUUCUUCUCCUACCAGUGGACCCAAGCGCUAUGACUGGACAGGUGAACGCUGGGUAUAUACUCAUGAUGGCAUCAGCCUUCACCAGCUGCUUUCUAAGGAGUUUUCCAUUAUCUUUAGUAAGAACAUUGACCUGUGUGACUUGCCCUAUUCCUAAAACCCUGUUAAAUGCUUAGAGUAUUCACGGACUCAACGACUCACAGACUGAAUUUCUGUACAGUAUACACAAUAUCUGUCAAACAAAGAAAAUAAUGAAAUUAUGUAUAAAAUGCUGUUUCUGUUGCAUUCUUCAUUCUCUUAGCUGAAUGACAUCAUCACAUUGAGCUUUUUCACCAGUCGUGAAGAAAUAUUUGAGUUAAUGGUUUAUUUGAUCAGGGCUCUAAUCUUGGCAUCUGGGUAACUGAUGUUUUCAAAGACCAACUUAUCAGCAGCAGAAUUCACACUAACUGGCCACUUUAUUAGGUACACACGUUCAACUGCUUUUUCACAGAAUAUCUAAUCAUGCAGUUUCAUAGCAGCAACUUUUUUAGGUAUUAUUAUGGCCUGCUGAAAUUUAAAUCCAGAAUCAGAAUGGGGAAGAAAGGUGAUUUAAUUACCUUUUAAACAUGGCAUAGUUUGUGGUACCAGAUCAUUUUGUAUGAAUAUUUGAGAAACUGCUGUUCUUCUGGGAUUUUCUCACAAAACCAUUUCUAAAGUUUAGAAAGCUCCAAAAAAAGAGAAAAUAUCCGUUGAGCAGCAGUUCUCUGGGGCUUGUUGAUACUACAGGUCAGUGGAGAAUGUAUAGACUUCGUGUGUUUCCCAUACCUUGUUGAAUCUGUGCCACAGAAAACUGAGGCAAUACUGAAGGGCUUCAUCCAAAUACUAAUAAGGUUUAACUGACAAAGUAACCAGUGAGUGUACAUUAGAUUACUGCAGAGAUCAUAGUUCAAUUAUUUAGACAUGACGGCAUCAGAGUAAGCUCAGAAAUGUCCAUCUUUUGAAGUCUUGUAA